CUAUUGCAAACCGAGUCUCAGCUAAGACUUUCUCACUGAAAUUGAUUCUCAUCUGAAAGCAGUCCAGACAUAGCUGGAGCCAAAGUUCAUCAUGAAUCCAAGUCAGGAUGCCAAAAUUGUGAGGGUACAGAAUGAUUCUAUCUAUAAUAUGAGCCAUGCCAAACAAAUACCAGAAUUACCACCUUUGCCUCCUUCGGCUGCAGUAGACCCUUCUGAACUAUAUCAGAUGAUCCAAAAGAGCAGCUAUUACCCCACUCUGAUGCAGAGAGCAUCCUGGAUGUUGGCAGCUCCAUUCAAAGAGCAACGUUAUUUCCGAAGCCCAAGCGACUCCAUUGCCAACAACUACACUCUCACAGCACGCAACCUGAAGAUGAUGGAUUUACAGAAGAUAGUUUCACCUGUAAGGGCAAAGAAGAUAUUUGGACCUGCAAAACAGAAAGCUGGAUUUUCACCUCCAAAAGAAUAUCUUCCUUCUGAGAAGAAGGCAAAACUUUCUUUAAGAAUCACAGAUGCUGAACCUGAGAGUGCUACAGAACCACUCCAAGUAUGCAGUUCGGAUUUGUUACAGAUGGAUCAGGAAAUCCCAGCGGUAGGAAUUCCUCAUUAUUCUGACAGCCUUCCACUGACUCCAGAAGAACAGCUGGUUGUCAUGCUCUACCAUGAGGAGGAGAUAAACAAGCAACAAGAGUUACCUACCGAUACUGAUCUAGAGCGAUACUGUUACUACAUCCAUAAAGGCAUCCGGAAAGACAUGCUGGCACCACAGGAUGAACAUGUGAUGGACAAUAUUUUAAAGCAUAUCCCAAGUCAUUUUCUCAACAGUCCAAAUCUGGAGGCUUUACUGAAGAGUUUGACAGAAGAGAUUCAAGAUGAUUAUCAGAUUUGGCUCAUGAAAAACAUUGUCGAUUACAUCUUAAUGGAUCCAGAUGAGAGAAAAAGACUUUUUAUAUACAAUAUUCCACAACCUUUCCCACAAAGAGUGAUCCGUGCACCAGUUCCGUGGCACAAAGUCUACCGAGAAGUGAAAAUCUGGAAUGAAAGCCACCUCUUCACAAUUAAUCCUAUGAUGCUUACUUUACAACGCCUCUGGUUUACAGAGUUUUGUGAACUCAGGUUUGUUCGCACCAAGGAAAUCCUUGCAGGUGAUUUGCCACUACUGCCCAAUGAAUUUGAAGAGUUGGUCCAAAAGCAUUGUCAGGAAGCUCAUGAUAUUCUUCUGAACAGGUGGAUUCCCACGUGUGCAGAUCUUUUUAUCGAGCAGAAGCACAAUUGGCUCUAUCUUGCCCCACAGAAUGAUCUGGACUCUUCUCAACAGAUAGAAGAAUAUUUUGCCUCUGUAGCAAUCCUUAUGUCGUUACAGCUACGGGAGAUGGUCAUUAAUUCUUUAGAAGACAUCCUUUCUUUUUUUAAGAUUCACAAGGAUGGCAAUGACUUUGGAGAAACGUACCAUGAAAUGCAGUUUUUUAUACCACAAAUACUAGUCAUUAAACUGGAUGUGGAGGACCCCAACAUUAUAUUUGAGCCAGAUACAAGAGCUUGCUGGGAUUUAAUCUACCGCUGCUUCAUGGGAGUCCUAAAGAAUUCUGAGGGACUUCCAAAGGUCCAAGUUAAACUUUUCCCGGAAUUAAAAGGGGAUGACCUAAUUCUUCGUACUGUCCAAGAAGAUGAAACUUUAGUUUCAGAAUAUGUGAAAAAAACUGCUGAGAUAUUUGAGCGCAAUCUGAUUGGUCCACAGAAAUACUUAAACGUGUACAAUAAAUACAGCGACCUCUUGAAUAACAACGCAGAACAAGACGUGACUGAUUUUUUGAGCAAAAGGCAUGAUCUGGACGAUUUUGUGCUGAAAAUCGAUAGUUUGACAAAGCUGAAAAAAGAAAUUGCCUCCAUGCAUGUUACUGUCCCUCUGGCCAUGUUUUGCCUUGAUGCAUUAAAGCUGAAUGAAGAGCUUUGCAGACGGACUCAGCGGCUGAAAGACAGACUGAUUGAGUUUGAAGUGGAGGAAAACAGGGAGGUAAACCAAAGCAUUUGCAAUCAGUACAACAUAAUUGCAGACAAAGUCAGCGAAGUGCCUUUGACCACCGAGGAGCUUGUCGAGCUCACGGCCUAUUUGAAAAAAUCCAGCGAUGUUACUGUUUUUAAGCUGCGUCGUGAAAUUAGGGAGGCGAUCUACAGACUCGAGUUCCUGAUGGACUAUGCUGACCUCCCUGAUGAUGAUAUAAAACUAAACAGUACUGUUCUCCAUUGGCCGGAUGAAAUUGAGAUAAUAUUUGAUGCCAGUAGGAACCAACUGAUGAAUAGACGGGAUCAUGCAGAACUUGCUUUGGUAAAAAGGUGCUCAGAGUUUGAAGCUAUCCUCGAAGGUUACAACAAAGAAGUUGAAAGUUUCCGAAAGAAGGAUGUCAUGACUAUGGAAGAAAUGAAGAACAACGUGGAAAAAUUUAAUGAGUUGUCUAAGAAUUUGGACUUUGCCCUGGCAGAAUAUGAAGCUAUUAAUAAGGAAGAAGAACUACUUGAACGGGAGAAAAGUCAGUUUCCUCUACUUCAGACCAUUAUCACACACAAACAGCCCUUUGAGCAGCUUUGGGUGACUGCUUAUAAUUUCCACGUAAAGUCUGAGGAAUGGAUGAAUGGACCUCUGGCACAGUUGAAUGCUGAAGAAAUCAGUGAGGAGGUCUCAAACAUGUGGAGGACUGUAUACAAGUUGACCAAGACCUUUGUGGAUCUUCCUGGCCCUAAGCGUUUAGCAGAAAAUGUGAAAUUUAAAAUUGACAAAUUCAAACAGCACCUCCCUGUCCUCUCUAUUGCCUGCAAUCGUGGGAUGAAAGACAGGCACUGGGAGCAGAUUAGCGAUGUAGUUGGAUAUGAGAUCAGACCGGAUGAAACAACUUCCCUCAUGAAUAUGUUGGAAUAUGGACUUUCAAAAUAUAUUGAGAAGUUAGAACCUAUAGGAGCCGCAGCCAGCAAGGAAUAUUCCUUAGAGAAAAACAUGGAGAAAAUGAAAUCGGAAUGGGCCAACAUCUGCUUCACUUUUGUAAAAUACCGAGACACGGAUACCAGCAUUCUUUCAGCGAUUGAUGACAUCCAGCUCUUGCUUGAUGAUCACAUUGUCAAAACCCAGACAAUGUGUGGUUCUCCAUUCAUCAAACCAAUUGAAGCAGAGUGUCGGAGAUGGGAAGAUAAACUUGUCACAAUGCAAGAGAUUUUAGAUGGCUGGUUGAAAUGCCAGGCAACAUGGCUUUAUCUGGAACCCAUCUUCAGUUCUGAAGACAUCAUUGCUCAGAUGCCAGAGGAGGGCAGGAAGUUUAAAAUAGUGGAUACUUACUGGAAGGACAUCAUGGUACAAGCAGUGAAAGACACCAGAGUAUUGGUUGCCACUGAGCAGCCGAAAAUGUUGGACAGACUUCAGGAAGCAAAUUUGCUUUUGGAAGAUAUUCAGAAGGGCCUGAAUACGUACUUAGAGAAGAAAAGAUUAUUUUUUCCAAGAUUCUUCUUCCUUUCUAAUGAUGAGUUGCUGGAGAUUCUGUCGGAAACCAAGGAUCCUCUCCGUGUCCAGCCACACUUGAAGAAGUGCUUUGAGGGAAUUGCAAAACUAGAAUUUACUGAUGACAUGGAGAUCACGGGCAUGAUCAGCUCUGAGAAAGAAGUUGUGCCUUUUAUUAAGAAAAUCUUCCCUGCACAUGCCAAAGGCAUGGUGGAGAAAUGGCUGUCACAAGUAGAAGAAAUGAUGUUGGCCAGUAUUAGGCAUGUCAUAUCAAAGGGCAUUGAAGGUUAUGAUGAGGUUCCCCGGAAGAAGUGGGUGUUGCAAUGGCCAGGACAAAUUGUUAUCUGUGUGUCAUCCAUCUUCUGGACAAAAGAAGUAUCAGAAGCUAUUAAAAAAAGUGCCUUACCGGCAUUUUUGGAGAAGAGCAACAAGCAAAUUGCAGAAAUUGUUGAACUGGUGAGAGGAAAGCUGUCAGGAGGGGCCCGGUUGACCCUGGGAGCCCUUACAGUCAUUGAUGUCCAUGCACGGGAUGUAGUUGCAAACUUGGCUGAAGAUCGGAUUUCAGAUUUGAAUGAUUUCCAGUGGAUUUCUCAACUGAGAUAUUACUGGGAAGAUGAUCAAGUGAUGGUCCGAAUGAUUACUACUGAAGCCAGAUAUGGCUAUGAGUACCUGGGCAACUCUCUGCGUUUGGUGAUAACUCCACUGACAGACCGAUGCUAUAGGACACUAAUGGGAGCUUUAAAAUUAAACCUGGGAGGUGCUCCUGAAGGACCUGCAGGGACUGGCAAAACUGAAACAACCAAAGAUCUUGCAAAAGCGCUGGCCAAGCAGUGUGUUGUCUUCAAUUGCUCUGAUGGUCUCGAUUACAAAGCCAUGGGGAAAUUCUUUAAAGGAUUGGCACAGGCUGGAGCAUGGGCCUGUUUUGAUGAAUUCAACAGAAUUGAGGUUGAAGUUCUGUCUGUGGUGGCACAGCAGAUUCUCAGUAUCCAGCAGGCUAUUAUUAGAAAGCUCCGAACAUUUAUGUUUGAAGGCACAGAGAUUUCCCUUAAUCCAACAUGUGCGGUAUUCAUCACUAUGAAUCCUGGGUAUGCUGGACGGGCGGAACUUCCCGAUAACCUGAAGGCUUUAUUCCGUACAGUAGCUAUGAUGGUUCCAGAUUAUGCUUUGAUUGGUGAAAUAUCACUUUAUUCAAUGGGAUUCCUUGAUUCCAGAAGUCUUGCCCAGAAAAUUGUUGCUACCUAUCGACUUUGUUCUGAACAGUUAUCAUCACAACAUCAUUAUGAUUAUGGAAUGCGUGCUGUGAAAUCUGUCCUGACAGCAGCAGGAAACUUGAAGCUAAAGUAUCCAGAUGAAAACGAGAGUGUGUUAUUGCUUAGGGCUCUGCUGGAUGUUAACUUGGCUAAAUUCUUAGCACAAGAUGUUCCUUUAUUUCAGGGGAUCAUAUCUGAUUUGUUUCCUGGAGUGAUUCUUCCCAAACCCGAUUAUGAGCUCUUCAUCCAUGCCCUGAAUGACAAUAUCGAAAAAAUGAAUCUUCAGCCCGUUCCAUGGUUUCUUGGAAAAAUUAUCCAGAUUUAUGAAAUGAUGAUGGUGCGUCAUGGAUAUAUGAUUGUUGGGGAACCAAUGGGGGGCAAAACCAGUGCCUACAAAGUCCUAGCUGCAGCGCUUGGAGAUUUGAGCCUAGAAAGUUCAUCAGAGGAAUCCGCAGUCGAAUACAGGAUUAUCAACCCCAAAGCCAUCACCAUGGGGCAGCUGUAUGGAUGUUUUGACCCUGUAAGCCAUGAAUGGACAGAUGGUAUCCUUGCAAACACCUUCAGAGAACAGGCUUGCUCUACGACAGAGGACAGAAAGUGGAUCAUCUUUGAUGGGCCAGUGGACGCUGUUUGGAUAGAGAACAUGAACACAGUGCUAGAUGAUAACAAGAAGCUCUGCUUAAUGAGUGGUGAAAUCAUUCAGAUGAGUGCAAAAAUGAGCUUAAUCUUUGAGCCAGAAGAUCUGGAACAAGCAUCUCCAGCCACAGUCAGCCGGUGUGGGAUGAUCUAUAUGGAACCUCAUCAGUUAGGUUGGAAGCCUCUGAAAGAUUCUUAUAUGAACACGUUGCCUCCGGUCUUGCAAGAUGUCCACAAAGAAUUGAUUGAAGACUUGUUCAUGUGGUUAGUUCAUCCUUGCUUGGAAUUCGUGCGUCAUCACUGCAAAGUCAUACUUCAGACAUCUCCUAUCCAUCUUUCCCAUAACAUGAUGACCCUGUUUAGUUCUUUGCUUGAUGAAAUCAAGCAAUCUGGAGAAGAAGAAGGAGAAGGCAUGUCCAGUCAGCAGAUCACCUUGUGGCUUCAAGGCCUCUUUCUUUUUGCUUUGGUUUGGACAAUUGGUGGCACCAUCAAUGCAGAGGGCAGAAAGAAAUUUGACCACUUUUACCGAAAUCUGUUGAUGGGAAUGGAUGAUGACCACCCGCGCCCCAAAAGUGUGAAGCUAACCAAAAAUAAUAUAUUUCCAGAAAGAGGAAGUGUGUAUGACUUUUAUUUUCACAAGCAAGCCAGUGGACAGUGGAACAUGUGGAUGGAGUACAUAACAAAAGAAGAGCAGACCAUUGCUGCUGGUACAAAGGUCUCAGAACUUAUCAUUCCAACAAUGGAAACAGCCAGACAGAGUUUUUUCCUGAAAACAUAUGUGGAGCAUGAAAUCCCAUUGCUGUUUGUGGGACCCACUGGGACUGGGAAAUCCGCAAUUACCAACAGCUUCUUGAUCCAGCUUCCUAAGGCAAAAUACACCCCCAACUUCAUUAAUUUUUCUGCCAGAACCUCAGCAAAUCAGACCCAGGAUAUUAUUAUGUCAAAGCUGGACAGGAGAAGAAAGGGGUUGUUUGGACCUCCGGCAGGGAAAAAAAGCCAUUAUGUAUCAUCAAUAUUUUUCUUAGACGACUUAAAUAUGCCAGCAAAGGAGGUGUAUGGAGCCCAGCCACCUAUAGAACUCCUUAGGCAAUGGAUCGAUCAUGGCCACUGGUAUGACAAGAAGGACACUUCCAGGCUAGAUAUUGUGGAUGUUCUGUUUGUUUCAGCAAUGGGGCCUCCAGGUGGUGGAAGGAAUGAUAUUACAGGGCGUUUCACACGGCACUUGAAUAUCGUUUCCAUCAGUGCUUUUGACGAUGAGGUUUUAACCAAGAUUUUUGCCUCGAUUGUUGACUGGCACUUCAGCAAAGGGUUUGAGGCCUCAUUUCUAAGGCUAGGCAAAAUGUUGGUCCAGGCUACCAUGAAUAUUUACAAGCAGGCUGUGGAAAACUUCCUUCCUACUCCUUCCAAAUCUCACUACGUCUUUAACCUGCGUGAUUUCUCUCGAGUGAUUCGAGGCGUACUGCUGUGCCCACAUACCCAUUUACAGGAUGGAGAAAAAUUGAUCAGGCUUUGGAUUCAUGAAGUGUAUCGGGUCUUCUAUGAUCGCUUAAUAGAUGCACAGGACAGGGAAGUGUUUUUUAAUAUGGUGAAAGAAACCACCUCUGACUGCUUCAAGCAGAGUGUUGAUAAGGUAUUAAGCCAUUUGUCACGUACUGGAAAGAUCAAAGAUGAAAACAUUCGGAGCUUGUUCUUUGGAGAUUACGCUAAACCAUCUAGUGAUACAAAAAUCUAUGAUGAAAUCACAGAUUUGAAGAAGCUGACGUCUGUCAUGGAAUACUACCUUGAGGAGUUCAAUAACAUCAGCAAAGCCCCCAUGUCUUUGGUCAUGUUUAAAUUUGCCAUUGAGCACAUCUCGAGGAUCUGCCGAGUGCUGAAGCAGGAUAAUGGCCACUUGUUGCUGGUGGGCAUUGGGGGAAGCGGCCGACAGAGCGCAACCAAACUGGGCACCUUCAUGAAUACCUAUGAGCUCUUUAUGAUUGAAAUCACCAAAUUCUAUACCACAAAUGACUGGAGAGAAGAUAUCAAGAGAGUCAUGCUGCAGUCAGGAGUGGCCAACAAAAGCACUGUCUUCUUGUUCUGCGAUAACCAGAUAAAGGACGAAUCAUUUGUGGAGGAUAUUAACAUGCUUUUGAACACAGGUGAUGUGCCGAACAUAUUUGCAGCUGAUGAGAAGGCUGAUAUUGUUGAAAAAAUGCAGAGUGCUGCAAGGACUGAAGGCAGGAGAAUCGAAGCCACCCCUCUGGCCAUGUACAACUUUUUUAUUGAGCGUGUGAGGAAAAAUCUACAUAUUGUUCUAGCAAUGAGUCCCAUUGGAGAUGCAUUCAGGAAUCGCUUACGGAUGUUCCCUUCACUGAUCAAUUGCUGCACUAUUGAUUGGUUUCAGCAAUGGCCCAAGGAUGCUUUGGAAAUGGUUGCAAACAAAUUCUUGGAGGAUGUGAAACUGGACGAUGAAGUCAGAAAAUCGGUUGUAUCCAUGUGCAAAUUUUUCCAAGAAAGUGUAAGAGAACUCUCUGUCAACUAUUACAAUACUCUUCGGAGGCAUAAUUAUGUAACACCAACAUCUUACCUGGAAUUGAUUCUGACCUUUAAGGCACUGCUAAAUAGCAAAAGGCACGAAGUUGAUAUGAUGAGAAAUCGCUACCUAAUGGGCCUUCAAAAACUUGACUUUGCUGCUUCCCAAGUUGCAGUUAUGCAGAAGGAACUGACAGCUCUUCAGCCUCAGUUAUUGCAAACCUCUGAAGAAACUGACAGAAUGAUGAUUCACAUAGAAAAGGAAACUGUUGAGGUGGAUGCUAAGAAAGAGCUGGUGGCUGCUGAUGAGCAGGAGGCAAAUGAAGCUGCUGCUGUUGCACAGGGCAUUAAGGAAGAAUGCGAGGGGGACCUUGCUGAAGCCAUGCCAGCUCUAGAGGCUGCUCUUGCGGCUCUUGAUACCCUGAAUCCUGCGGAUAUCUCCCUCGUCAAAUCCAUGCAGAAUCCGCCAGGGCCUGUCAAACUUGUCAUGGAGAGCAUUUGCGUCAUGAAAGGAAUAAAACCAGAAAGAAAGCCUGAUCCAAGUGGAAGCGGUAAAAUGAUAGAAGAUUAUUGGGGUAGUUCCAAAAAAGUUUUGGGAGAUCUGAAAUUCCUUGAGGGCUUAAAGACGUACGACAAAGAUAAUAUUCCUUCUGCUGUAAUGAAGAGAAUUAGAGAGAAGUUUAUCAAUCACCCUGACUUUCAACCUGCUGUCAUAAAAAAUGUGUCAUCUGCUUGUGAAGGCUUAUGCAAAUGGGUGAGAGCCAUGGAAGUGUAUGAUCGUGUUGCAAAGGUAGUGGCCCCAAAACGUGAACGGCUCCGGGAGGCAGAAGGCUUGCUAGAUAUCCAAAUGCAGAAGCUAAAUACAAAGCGUGCAGAACUCAAGAAGGUGAUGGAUCGCCUACAAGCACUAAACGAUGAGUUUGAAGAAAUGAAUAACCGAAAGAAAGAACUGGAGAAUAAUAUUGACAUCUGCUCCCAGAAGCUGAUUCGAGCUGAAAAACUGAUCAGUGGCUUGGGAGGAGAGAAGGAGAGGUGGACAGAAGCAGCUCGCUUACUAGGAAUCCGAUACACAGACCUUACUGGGGAUGUUUUGUUAUCGUCCGGGACAGUGGCUUAUCUUGGAGCCUUUACUGUUGAUUAUCGUCAAGAAUGUCAGGAGAAAUGGUUGGCCCUCUGCAAGGAGGAGAAGAUCCCAUGUUCCAAUGAUUUCAGCCUAAGUAACACGUUGGGAGAUCCAGUCAAGAUCCGUGCCUGGCAGAUUGCAGGGUUGCCAAUUGAUUCCUUUUCGAUUGACAAUGGCAUUGUUGUUUCCAAUUCCAGACGGUGGGCUUUAAUGAUUGACCCUCAAGGACAAGCCAAUAAGUGGGUCAAAAAUAUGGAAAGGGGCAAUAAGCUCUCCGUCAUUAAAUUGUCUGACACAAACUACGUAAGAACGCUGGAAAAUGCUAUCCAGUUUGGAACGCCAGUCUUGCUUGAAAAUAUCGGUGAAGAACUAGAUGCUUUCUUGGAGCCAGUGUUACUGAAGACAACUUUCAAACAGCAAGGUGUGGAGUACAUGAGACUAGGAGAAAACAUUAUUGAGUACUCACAUGAUUUCAAAUUGUACAUCACAACUCGGCUGAGGAAUCCUCACUAUCUCCCUGAAGUGGCUGUGAAAGUUUGUCUGCUCAAUUUCAUGAUUACUCCCCUCGGUCUUCAGGACCAGCUUUUGGGGAUUGUGGCAGCAAAGGAAAAACCUGAUCUGGAAGAAAAGAAAAACAAACUGAUUGUUGAGAGUGCAGCUAACAAGAAACAGCUGAAAGAGAUAGAAGACAAAAUCCUUGAGGUUCUCUCCAAAUCAGAAGGAAACAUCUUAGAAGAUGAAACAGCCAUUAAAGUUCUUUCUUCCUCCAAAGAGUUAUCUGAAGAAAUCACUGAAAAGCAAGAAAUUGCCAGUAUCACGGAGAUGGAAAUAGAUGCCACUCGGAUGGGAUACAAGCCCGUAGCUGUUCAUUCGGCAACAGUCUUCUUCUGCAUUUCGGACUUGGCAAACAUUGAACCAAUGUAUCAGUAUUCCUUGGUAUGGUUCAUUAACCUGUAUGUCCAGUCUCUUGCUAACAGCAGGAAAAGUGAUGUCUUAGAAGAAAGGAUUGAAAACAUCAUUGACCAUUUCACAGUAAGCAUCUACAAUAAUGUCUGUCGAUCCCUGUUUGAGAAGGACAAGCUUCUCUUCUCCCUUCUGCUGACAGUAGGGAUAAUGAAAGGGAAAGAUGAGAUCGAUGAUGAAGUCUGGCGGUUUUUGCUCACUGGAGGCGUUGCUCUUGAUAACCCAUAUCCCAAUCCUGCCCCAGAAUGGUUGAGUGACAAAUCAUGGGCUGAGAUAGUGCGUGCAUCAGGCCUGGAAAACUUGCAUGGUUUGAUGGAUCAUGUUCAAGCCAACAUCUGGGCAUGGAAAACGAUUUAUGAUUCUGCCAGACCACAUGAAGAACUGUUUCCAGGCGAGUGGAAUUUGGCCACUGGUCUGGAUCGCAUGGUCAUUCUCCGAUGCCUGAGGCCAGAUAAAAUUAUUCCAGCAACCCAGUGCUUUAUCACAGACAAUAUGGGAAGGAUCUACAUUGAACCUCCAACUUUUGAUCUUGCAGGAAGUUACAAUGAUUCUAACUGCUGUGCUCCACUUAUUUUCAUCUUAUCUCCAGGUGCUGAUCCCAUGGCAGGCUUGUUGAAGUUUGCUGAAGACCUUGGCAUGGAAAGCAUACAGACAAUUUCACUCGGACAAGGGCAAGGUCCAAUUGCAGCCAAGAUGAUUAAUCAGGCUAUUAUUGAUGGAACGUGGGUUGUGUUACAGAACUGCCAUCUUGCAACCAGCUGGAUGCCUGCUUUGGAGAAAAUCUGUGAGGAAACUAUUGUGCCUGAGAAUACCCAUAUCAAAUUCAGGUUAUGGCUAACCAGUUACCCAUCAGAAAAGUUUCCUGUGAGCAUUCUCCAGAAUGGAAUCAAAAUGACCAAUGAGCCACCAAAAGGAGUGAGAGCGAAUCUCCUUCGAUCCUACCUCAAUGACCCAAUUUCCGACCCCACGUUCUUUGGCAGUUGUGAAAAGAAAGAAAUCUGGCAGAAAUUGCUAUUUGGUCUUUGCUUUUUCCAUGCACUUGUACAAGAAAGAAGGAACUUUGGCCCUUUGGGUUGGAACAUUCCAUAUGAAUUCAAUGAAUCUGAUCUCAGAAUCAGCAUGAGGCAAAUCCAGAUGUUUUUAAAUGAAUAUGAAGAAACUCCGUUUGAAGCUCUAACAUAUCUUACAGGGGAAUGUAACUACGGUGGGAGAGUGACAGAUGAUAAGGACAGACGACUCCUCCUCUCACUUCUUUCCAUUGUAUAUUGCAAAGAAUUAGAAACAGAAGAAAAUUAUAGACUUUCUCCUAGUGGGGAAUAUUAUAUACCACCUUGUGGGACAUAUCAGUCUUAUAUAGAUUAUUUGAGAAGUCUACCCAUAUCAACCCACCCGGAUGUGUUUGGCCUCCAUGAGAAUGCCGAUAUUACAAAAGAUAACCAAGAAACAAACUUGCUUUUCAAUGGCAUCUUGUUGACUCUGCCCAGACAAGCAGGGGGAGCUGGAAAAUCCCCCCAGGAAACAGUUCAAGAAUUGGCCCAGGACAUCCUUUCCAAGUUGCCACAAGAUUUCGACUUGGAAAGUGUGAUGGAAAUGUACCCGGUACUUUAUGAAGAGUCCAUGAACACAGUUCUUAGGCAAGAGCUGAUCAGGUUCAACAGGCUUACAGAAGUCGUCCGAAGCAGCCUUAUCAACCUUGGCAAAGCCAUCAAAGGUUUGGUGCUGAUGUCUUCAGAACUUGAAGAUGUUUUCAACAGCAUGCUGGUGGGCAAAGUGCCAGCCAUGUGGGCAUCCAAAUCCUACCCAUCGUUGAAGCCUCUGGGGGGUUAUGUGUCUGACUUGCUGACACGUCUGGUCUUCUUCCAGGAGUGGAUCAAGCAUGGACCUCCAAAUGUAUUUUGGAUAUCUGGUUUCUACUUUACCCAGUCCUUCUUGACGGGGGUUUCCCAGAACUACGCCAGAAAAUAUACUAUCCCGAUAGAUCACAUUGGAUUUGAAUUUGAGGUGAUGAAACAAGAGCAAUACAUUGAGGAAAUGCCUGAUGAUGGGGCCUACGUGAAAGGCCUGUUUUUGGAAGGCGCCCGAUGGGACAGGGAAACCCAGCAGAUUGGUGAAUCUUUCCCCAAAAUCCUGUACGAUUCCCUGCCCAUCAUUUGGCUCAAGCCGGGAGAGAGUGCCAAGUUUCUGCAUGAAAGGAUUUACCUGUGUCCUGUCUACAAAACCAGUGCCAGGAGAGGUACCUUGUCAACGACAGGCCACUCCACCAACUAUGUUCUCUCCAUUGAGCUUCCUUCUGACCUUCCCCAGAAACACUGGAUAAACCGGGGUGUGGCUGCGCUGUGCCAGCUAGACGACUGAACUGUUAAUUAAUGUCAUGCAAUAGUAUUUUCCUAUUAAAAGUUUGUAUAC